UCGCCUGCCUGCCGGGGGGACCGCGAGUCAGUGCGGGGACUGGAGCGAGAGACGCGGAGUUCUUGGCGAAGACGGCGCGCUCGCUCCUUCCCCGGCCGAGGAGGCGGCGGCGGGCCGGGGCUGCGCAACAGGGAGCGGGGCUGGCUGGAGUUUCGUGGCGGGACUGCUGCCACUCGGAGGAAGCCCUGGGUGUCCCCCCUUAAGAAGGCGCCCGCCGUCCAGAAGGGGCCACGGAGGGGGACUGAGGCGCCCACCCCAGCCUUCCCCUUCCUCACUUGGGAGGGCUCCUCUCGAGAGGAAGGCAAUAUGGGAAAAGUUGAAAGUUGGCUGCUGACUUUGGCUGGACUUUUGCUGGCGUCGAGAGCGGAGACGUUCACAGGUGGCUGUUCGUUUGAUGAGCCAUUCACUUCAUGUGGAUAUAGUCAGUCUGAUGAUGAUGAUCUUAACUGGGAUCAAGUGAACACACUGGUGAAGCCCUCAUCAGAUCCAUGGAUGCCAACAGGUUCUUUUAUGCUGGUGAAUACUUCUGGAAGGUUUGGACAAAGAGCUCAUCUUCUGCUACCGCAACUUAAGGAAAAUGACACUCAUUGCAUCGAUUUCAAUUUUUACAUUUCCAGCAAGACUGGGUCCAGUCCUGGUGUGUUAAAUGUUUUUGUGAAAGUUAAUAAUGGUCAGCUGGGUAGCCCGGUAUGGAAUAUGUCUGGAGCUCCUACAGGAACCUGGAUCAGGGUAGAACUAGCAAUCAGCACCUUCUGGCCAAACUUCUAUCAGGUAGUUUUUGAAGUGGUCACUUCAGGUCACCAAGGAUACCUGGCUAUUGAUGACGUGAAGGUUUUAGGACAUCCAUGCACCAGUACACCUCACUUCCUGCGUAUUAAGAGUGUAGAAGUCAAUGCUGGUCAGUUUGCUACUUUCCAGUGCACUGCCAAUGGCAGGACAGUUCAAGGCAAUCGACUGUGGUUGCAGGGCUUGCUUGGACGGGAUGCACCUCUGAAGGACAUAAAAGUUUUUAAUGAUCGGCGAUUUGUAGCUACUUUUAAUGUGGUGAAUGCUACCAAACGGGAUGCUGGCAGUUACCGGUGCAUGAUUCAUACAGAAGGUGGAGUUGGAGUAUCUAAUUAUGCAGAACUGAUAGUCAAAGAGCCACCUGUUCCUAUUGCACCACCUCAGCUGUCCUCUGUUGGUGCAACCUACUUAUGGAUACAGCUGAAUGCAAAUUCCAUCAAUGGAGAUGGGCCCAUUAUUGAAAGAGAGGUGGAAUAUCGUACUUCAAGUGGAAGCUGGUAUGACAUACAACCUGUUGACUCCACAAGCUACAAAAUUGGACAUCUGGAUCCUGAUACAGAAUAUGAGAUUAGUGUGCUGCUCACUAGACCAGGUGAAGGAGGAACUGGAUCUCCUGGUCCAGCUCUUAAAACAAGGACAAAAUGUGCUGAUCCGGUGCGAGGUCCAAGAAAACUGAAGGUUGUAGAUAUUAAAUCCCAGCAAAUCACUAUCACCUGGGAGCCAUUUGGCUACAAUGUAACUCGUUGUCAUAGGUACAACCUCACAGUCCAUUACCGCUACCAAACUGGGGGACAAGAACAAGUCAGAGAAGAAGUGAGCUGGGAUACUGACAAUUCACAUCCUCAGCAUACCAUUAUUAAUCUAUCCCCUUAUACUAAUGUCAGCAUAAAACUCGUUCUUAUGAAUCCUGAAGGACGGAAAGAAAGCCAAGAAAUUGUGGUACAGACGGAUGAAGAUGUUCCAAGUGCCGUUCCACUUGAGUCUAUUCAAGGAAGUACUUAUGAGGAGAAGAUAUUCCUUCAGUGGAGAGAGCCAGUACAGACAUAUGGUGUGAUCACAUUAUAUGAGAUCACCUACAAGGCUGUCAGCUCCUUUGACCCAGAAAUAGAUUUAUCCAACCAAAGUGGACGUGUUUUAAAACAUGGGAAUGAAACACACUAUUUAUUUUUUGGUCUGUAUCCUGGGACUACUUACUCUUUCACUAUAAGAGCCAGUACAGCCAAAGGUUAUGGACCUCCCAUUACAAGUCAGUUUACUACAAAGAUAUCAGCACCCUCUAUGCCACCAUAUGAACUGGAAACACCUUUAAAUCAAACUGACAGCACUGUGACAGUUAUGUUGAAGCCUGCACAGAGCAGAGGCGCUCCAGUCAGCGUCUACCAAAUAGUUGUUGAGGAAGAACGUCCCCGCAGAACAAAAAAAACAACUGAAAUCCUGAAAUGCUAUCCAGUACCAAUUCAUUUCCAGAAUGCUUCACUCUUGAACUCUCAGUAUUAUUUUGCCGCAGAGUUUCCAGCCAACAGUAUUCAAAUGGCUCAGCCUUUUACAAUUGGUGACAACAAGACCUACAGUGGCUUUUGGAAUACUCCUCUUCUUCCCCAUAAAAGCUACAGUAUUUAUUUUCAAGCUGCUAGCAGAGCCAAUGGGGAAACAAAAAUUGACUGCGUCAGAGUCGCCACAAAAGCUGCGAUAAUCGUGACUCAGCUUACAACACCAUACAUACGCAUCGCCCCAGCUGCAGGCGACGACCAACUAACAGGUGCUGCUACUAGGAAACCAGACCCAGAGCCAGAGAAGCAAACAGACCACACUGUUAAAAUUGCUGGAGUGAUUGCAGGAAUCUUGCUGUUCGUUAUUAUAUUUCUGGGGGUUGUUUUGGUUAUGAAGAAAAGAAGAAGCUAUCACUCCUACACUUAUUACCUGAAAUUGGCUAAAAAGCGGAAAGAGACAUUGAGCAGCACACGGCAGGAAAUGACAGUGAUGGUGAACUCAAUGGAUAAAAGCUACACUGAACAAGGAACCAAUUGUGAUGAGGCUUUCUCUUUCAUGGACACACACAAUCUAAAUGGAAGAUCUGUAUCCUCACCAUCUUCAUUUACAAUGAAAACAAACACACUGAGUACAACAGUACCAAAUUCUUACUAUCCAGAUCCGUUUGUGCCAACUGCAAUUUUAGUGCCAAUAAAUGAUGAAACCCAUACGAUGGGCAGUGACACAAGCAGCUUGGUCCAGUCACAUACAUAUAAGAAGCGAGAGCCUGCAGAUGUGCCAUACCAGACAGGACAGCUCCAUCCAGCUAUCCGUGUCGCUGAUUUGCUGCAGCAUAUUACACAGAUGAAAUGUGCAGAAGGCUAUGGAUUCAAGGAGGAAUAUGAGAGCUUCUUUGAAGGACAGUCUGCACCGUGGGAUUCCGCUAAAAAAGACGAGAACCGAAUGAAGAAUAGAUAUGGGAAUAUCAUUGCAUAUGAUCACUCUCGAGUUAGGCUGCAGACCAUUGAAGGGGACGCAAACUCUGAUUACAUCAAUGGAAAUUAUGUUGAUGGUUAUCACAGGCCAAACCACUAUAUUGCUACACAAGGACCAAUGCAAGAAACAAUAUAUGAUUUCUGGAGAAUGGUCUGGCAUGAAAAUACAGCAAGUAUAGUCAUGGUGACAAACCUUGUGGAAGUGGGAAGGGUCAAAUGCUGUAAAUACUGGCCGGAUGACACAGAGAUAUAUAAAGACAUUAAAGUUACUCUAAUAGAAACAGAGCUGCUAGCAGAGUACGUGAUUAGAACGUUCGCAGUAGAAAAGAGAGGUGCCCAUGAGAUCCGAGAAAUCAGACAGUUUCACUUCACAGGCUGGCCAGAUCAUGGUGUGCCUUACCAUGCAACAGGACUUCUAGGAUUUGUACGGCAGGUCAAGUCUAAAAGCCCACCUAAUGCAGGCCCACUGGUUGUACACUGCAGUGCUGGCGCAGGCAGAACUGGAUGCUUCAUUGUCAUUGACAUUAUGCUAGACAUGGCAGAAAGAGAAGGUGUCGUAGAUAUAUACAACUGUGUAAGAGAGCUUCGGUCUCGAAGAGUUAAUAUGGUGCAAACUGAGGAACAGUACGUAUUUAUACAUGAUGCAAUAUUGGAAGCUUGUCUGUGUGGAGACACAACUGUUCCAGCUUCUCAGGUUAGGUCUGUAUAUUAUGAAAUGAACAAGUUGGAUCCUCAGACAAAUUCAAGCCAAAUCAAAGAAGAAUUCAGGACUCUAAACAUGGUGACUCCAACUUUGCGUGUGGAAGAUUGCAGUAUAGCACUUUUACCACGGAAUCAUGAGAAGAACCGAUGCAUGGAUGUUCUUCCUCCAGACAGAUGCCUACCUUUCCUCAUCACAAUAGAUGGGGAAAGCAGUAACUACAUUAAUGCUGCACUGAUGGAUAGCUAUAAACAGCCUUCGGCUUUCAUAGUUACCCAGCAUCCUUUACCAAAUACUGUCAAAGAUUUCUGGAGACUGGUUCUAGACUACCACUGUACAUCAAUAGUUAUGCUAAAUGAUGUGGAUCCUGCACAAUUGUGUCCACAGUACUGGCCUGAAAAUGGGGUUCACCGCCAUGGUCCCAUUCAGGUGGAGUUUGUUUCUGCUGAUUUAGAAGAAGACAUUAUUAGCCGGAUAUUCCGAAUUUAUAAUGCAUCAAGAGUUGGAUCCCCACAGCCCCAGGAUGGGUACAGAAUGGUGCAGCAAUUUCAGUUCCUAGGGUGGCCCAUGUAUAGAGACACACCUGUCUCCAAACGUUCUUUUUUGAAGCUCAUACGUCAAGUCGACAAGUGGCAGGAAGAUUACAAUGGAGGAGAAGGCCGUACAGUUGUCCAUUGUUUAAAUGGAGGUGGUCGCAGUGGGACCUUUUGUGCAAUCAGUAUUGUUUGUGAAAUGCUUCGACACCAGAGGGCCGUUGAUGUAUUCCAUGCUGUGAAGACCCUAAGGAAUAAUAAACCUAACAUGGUGGACCUCCUGGAUCAAUAUAAAUUCUGCUAUGAAGUGGCUCUAGAGUACUUGAAUUCUGGAUGAUGACGCAAAUAACAUUGGGGGAAAAGCAAAAACCUUUCACCACCACAAAGUGAAUCGCUUCAUGAUAUCUGUGUGUAUGAGAUGAGGACUUCUCAGUGUUAUGCUUAUAUUGCUUUGUAUCGGCUCUUUUUAAGAGCUUGGAGGAAUCUUUCCAAAACUGCUUGCACUGCCCCUUUUCCACAAUAUGGCUGUUGCUAGAGACACCUACAGUCCCACAGUAACACACAAAUGCACUCCAGUGGUUGGAAAUGGCUACCAUAUAUAUCCAUCAACUCAAUAGACCAGCCUAGUCAUUCAGUAAAUUAAAGAGCACAAUUCUAUUCUAAUGAAGAAAUUUGUACUUUUCUGUUGUACUUUUUUGUUGCCGGUGAUCCUCUGUUAUUGUCAGAACCUAGUGUAUAUUUUUGUUCUGUGGAGAAUGCCUUCUAGCAUUUUGAUAAUGUAUUUUUAUUUACAUUUGUAUCCUAUUUGCUCCUAAUAAAACAAAGUAUCUGUAGCUUAAACUGAACUAAUAGCUACACUCUCCAGACCACAUUUGCUUCAUGGAGUUGUAUUUUCUGUCCAACUUGUAUUGUUUCAAGAAGGGAGAGACUUGAUAGAAGUCCAUUAAGAAAAUGAGAAAAAUACAGGAUGAUCAGAUUAAUAUAGCCAAAGCUUUUUCCCAUUUGUUUAUAUUGUAAAUAUUUUUUGAUUUCAUCAAAUUAUUUAUUCAUUAAAAAGAAAUCUUUUGUGAAGAACAG